AUGGAAGUUAUCAAGAGAAAAAUCACAGCGCUGAAAGACGAACUCGAAAUCAAGGAGGAUGAAAUCGUUACUCUCAGAGCACAACUAGACAAGGCGAAUAUUGAGACAGAAAAGGCAGAAAACGAAGCUGCCAGCCAAAACAGACGGGUUCAACUCCUCGAGGACAAUCUUGAUCGACUUGAGGAGAACUGCGCUCGGCUAACUGCCGACUUGGAGAGAACCGAAACUGAGAGGGAUGAAGCUACACGAAGACUUACAUCGCUCGAGAACGCAGAAGCCCUUACUGCUGAAAAAUGCGACGAUCAGGAAAUCUCGCUGAAAAGAGCAGUCUUGGAGGCAGAAAACGCGGUCCGUGAACGAGAAGAUCUCGAAAGACGCGUCAAAGUCCUGGAAGCCGAGCUUGAGCAAGCUGAAGAUCGAGCUGAUACCUUCUGCCAGCAGUUUAAAAACGCCGAAUCGGAAAAUACGCAACUCACUUCUUCUUUGAAAGCGUUCCAGGCGGCUGAUGAUCAAGCUGCUGAAAAAGAAGCUCAAUUGGAAGACCAAGUCGCGAAAUUCUCCUCUGUGAAUAAAGAAAACGAGCGUACAAUUGAAGAGCUUGUCGCCAAAGUAAACGGACUUCAGCGACAACUUGAUGACUCCGAAGACACAAUUGAAAAGCUCAAAGCUGAACGAGACGAAGCCGAGCGUAAUCUUGAACAAACGAUGAAGGAGCUCGGAGAGAUUGCAUGA